AUGGGGAAUCGUUCGCUAGGGUUUUGGGUGACUGCGUUUUUCCUACUCGGAAGCUUGAUCGACGCGGCCGAUGGCUCGAUUCACGAGUACAAGGACGAAGGGUUCGUCAAAAUCGCCAAUGCUCGCUACUUCUAUGGUGGUCACGAAGGUCUUUACGCUUCUGAGUUUCUGGGUGUUGAUGCUUCUUCUGCUACAGCUCCUCCUCUCAAGGGAAACUCCUUCAUCAGGUUUGAUGAUGUCUCUUUUGUAAGAAGCAAGGAAUCCGCUAGCAAGCAGAAUUCAACUCAGGCGAGUGCAGGCUUGGUGGAAGCGAUACUGUUUGAGGCGAAGCAAAAAGACAGAGUUGGUGGAUCUUUUUUCAAAACAGAGAGCUUCUGCUGUACACCAAACUUGCGGAUGCUGGUUCCUGCAACCUUGGGGAAGUUAUGA